AUGGACAAAAAGCAACAUUCAAAGUCAACUGCUAGUGGGUUAUCUUCUCCUUCCACAAUAAAUAAACCAAAAAAAUCAUCAGCAGCAACAGCGGAAGCAUCACUACCGACAACAACAACAAGCAGAAAUGCAGUACUUCCUCAGACUGCUCGCCGGAUUAUACAAAAUUUUCUAUUGAUCUGGUUAGAUGCAAAUAUUGAUGAAACGCAAGAAGACUUUAAAAAAUCAUUGAAGCAUUUGCGACAUGUUGUAGCAUCCAUUACAACAUUUACGAAUGCAGAACAAUGUUUAAAAUUUCUUGGUGAAAUUAGAAAAGAAAAAAUAUUUAUGAUUGUAUCUGGUGCAUUAGGACGACAAGUAGCACCAGAAUUGCAAGCAAUGUCACAGCUGGAAUCAAUAUAUGUUUUCUGUGGAAAUAAAUCAUAUCAUGAAGAAUGGGCCAAAACUAUACCGAAGGUGAAAGGCGUUUACACUGCCAUUAAACCAAUAUGUCAAGCACUUGAAAUUGAUCGA